AUGAUCCAUGCGGCUGCUCCCCAUUUUCUGUGGCCGUUUGCGGUCCGGUACGCGGCGCAUCAGCUCAACCUCUGGCCCCAUGUCUCCUUGCCGGAGACCUCGCCUACACUUUGUUGGACGGGGAAUGGUGGCGAUGCGUCCGCGUUCCGGGUCUGGGGUUCCUGUGCCUUUGUCCGCGAUUCCACCGCGGGCAAGCUCUUCUCUUGCGCCAUUCCCUACGUCUUCCUUGGCUUUCCCCCUGACGCGUCUGGCUGGCAGUUUUACCACCCCACCUCGCGCCGUGUCUUCCCCUCUCAGGACGUCACAUUGGACGAGCCGAUUCCUUUUUACCGGCUUUUCCCCUACCGCACUGCCCCUCUCCCCCCCCCCCCCCCCCGCCGCUCUUCCUCGCUCCAGCCUGUCGAGGUCACUGGUGACUCAGGUGCUGCUGGGGGUGGUGCUGCUCGGGGUGCUGAGCCUGGGGGUGCUGAGCCUGGGGGUGCUGCUUCUGGGGGUGCUGAGCCUGGGGGUGCUGAGCUUGGGGGUGCUGAGCCUGGUGCGCUACUGGAGCUGGGGGCGCUGGGGUUGGAGGCACUGCGGCUGGAGGCACUAGAGCUGGAGGCGCUGGAGCUGGAGGUGCUAGAGCUGGAGGCGCUGGAGCUGGAGACACUGGAGCUGGAGGCGCUGGAGCUGGAGGCGCUGGCGCUGGAGGCACUGGAGCUGGAGACGCUGAAGCUGGAGGCGCUGGAGCUGGAGGCGCUGACGGUGGAGGCGCUGGAGCCAGAGACACUGGAGCUGGAGGCGCUCAAGCUGGCACUACUGGAGCUGGCGGUGCAGGCGCUGGAGGAACUGGAGUUAGAGAGCCUGUGCAGCAGCGACUGUUCUUCGAGCCGCCGCCGCACCUGUCUGAGCUUCCGCCUGAGUCGGUCCUCCACCAAGUUCUUAGUCUUCCUUCGUCCACUGCCCUUCCUCCUGACUCGCCGCUGCCUGCCCCGCCUCGUUACACUGAGCAGCCGGUCUCCCUUACAGAGCGUCGUGAGCCAGCAGUCGUCUCGUCCUGCCUCCCCUGUUCGCGCUGUUCGCACCGCUCGUCGUGUCCCGCGUCCGCGUCCUCCUCCUGUGCCAGGUACUCACACUAUGGCACUUCGUCCCUCCUCUGCUCCCCAGCACGUCCCGCUGCCGUCUCCUCCUACGUCCUCUCUUCCUGAGCUUCCUGACCAUGAGACUGAUCGUCUUCGUGCUGCUAGCCCCACAGUCACGCGUCUUCUGGCUACGGUCGUCACUGACCCGUCAUUUGAGUCUACUGCUGCGUCUGCCUUAGUUGCUGAGCUUGUCGACUUUGCUGCUGCCUGUCGUCUAGACUACGCCGCCAGUCUUGUUGCUGAGUCUGCGUCUGUCUGUCCUCCGUUCGUCGGGGGUGAGUGUGCUCUUCGCACGGACGUCCUUGAGGACAGGCACGAGGACUUUGAGUCUCUUGCGGCUGCUGUACCUCAUCUCGUGGCCUGGCUGCUUGCACCUGAGGGAGACCCGGAUGCACUGGACAUCCCGACCCAAAGAGGGCAGAGGCGAUUACGGGGCAGCCUGCACGAGGAGAUUUGGCUGCGCCGCCCACCUGGCUUCACUAGGUCGUUCCCUCCUGGUACCCAGUGGAGCCUCCGGCGGCCAGUCUAUGGUCUCCGCCAGGCGCCUCGUGAGUGGCACGACACACUGAGGACGACACUUGCGGCUCUUGGGUUUGCUCCGUCCACUGCUGACCCGUCGUUGUUUCUUCGCACCGACACUUCGCUGCCGCCGUUCUACAUCCUCGUGUAUGUCGACGACUUGGUCUUUGCCACUACUGACACUGAGGCACUCGCCCUUGUGAAGUCGAAGCUGCAGAAGAGACACACGUGCACAGACUUGGGUGAGCUGCGGAGCUACCUUGGCUUGCAGAUCACCCGGGACAGAGCACGCCGCACCAUUACCCUGACUCAGUGA